CAAAGCGAUAGUGCAUUAUAACCCGGCAGCUUUUACCAUCUCUAGAAAACAAAAACAAAGCGAAACACUGCAAGCUGGAAAUUUAUUAAUAAAUAUUUAAAUAAUGGAGCCAAGUACUAUGCAAUACGAUGUUAGCAGGUUCAAAACCUUGUUUGUCACCAGGGAUGAAGGGCAAGAGGAGAUCUCAAACAUGGUCUUUAGAUCCGAAUUCUAUGAUGAGGAGUUGGCAUUGGAACGGGAAGAACAGGAGCUUGAGGAACGAAAUCUGAGUAACCAGCAAUCACUGGGUGGAUCCGCAUCCUUUAUCUGCAGGCACUGUCCAGAGGUGUUCUUCAGCAAGAAAGAUUUAACCGCCCAUCGUCCCAUUCACCGGUUGAAAAGUAAUAAGCGAAAACCCACAUCCGGAUUCCCCUGCGACAUCUGCGACAAGGUCUUUCAAAGACGCAACGCCCUCGCGGAUCACAUGAAUGGUCACAACGGGGUACGGAACUACCCAUGCCCGGAGUGUCCAGCUCGCUUUGUGCAGCGCAGCAACAGGGAUUGCCAUCUGAAGAGCAUCCACCUGAAGACAUAUCUGCACUCCUGUACGGAGCCGGGAUGUAGAAGACGUUUCAAGCAAAAGCGGGAACGAGACCAGCAUGUGAAAACGGUCCAUCGGAAGGAGAGAAACUUCGUUUGCGAGAUCUGCACGGCUAGCUUCAGUCAUCCCAUUAACUACAAGAAACACUUGGCGUCCCAUACUGCUGAGAAGCAAUAUAGUUGUCACAUUUGUGGCAAAUUUUUUGGGCGGCCUGAAAACCGGGAUAUUCACCUCUUUGUCCACAGUACAAGUAAGGCAUAUGUCUGUUCCGUUUGUGGUGCAGAUUAUAUGCGACGCAAUCAAUUGAUUCGUCAUAGUUCAGAGAGUGGCCACCUCAACGACCGGAUUGUACGACAGAAGCCUCAGUUUAGCCCCGCCUUUGCUAGGAAACCCUUUGCUAAAGAUCAGGUUCCAAAGAAAUCCUAUCAGGAGAAAAAAGCUCGGGAGGAAAUUACACAAGAAAAUCUGCAAGAUGCACAAGGAGAGCAGUUUGUGGAUGCGGAAGAAAUUCCUAAAAUAUUUACAGAAGAAGAGGAGCCAUUUGAUCAGGUCUGCAUAAUGUGAGCGGAUAAAAGGUAAUUGGCCUUAAAAAUACAAAAGAGGAAAAAUAAUCAGGUUAGUUCGUUUAAGACACAAAGUAAUAGAUGUUAGGUAAAGUUAAAAUAAGAAUCGAAACUGAAAUAUUGUUAUAUAUUACGUUAUUAAUAUAUCAAUGAAAUAAUCUAUAUAAGAAAUCAAAAGCUAAUUAAAAUCUUAGGAUCUUGGAAUUAUGCUUUAUGCGGAAAUAAUCAUUUACGAAUGAUAUAAAAAUAAACAAUUAUUACCGUAUGCAAGACAUGUGUUAAAGACGUCAGGUGAAAAAUAAAAAAUAAGCGAAUGAAAA